UGAUUGGAUUGAAUACCAAGGACCUUGAGUUCGCAUAUUUCUGAAAUCUUCUCAAAUCCCUCAAUGUAGAAAUUAUUCUCUGAAAAUGUCGCUGUCUGAAAAACCCGCCCUGGUGCAGGCUGUGCCUGUCGCUGCCGAUGAGGCCGAAAAAUCGCUUCAGUUUACGGAAGACGAACAUUCGCUGGGUUUUUGGGAAGCAGCCAGACUGUAUUGGCCUGCUCUUGCUUGGGGGUUAUUUAUUAAUCUAGCGACCAUUCUGAAAGGAAUCGUCUGUCUUUUCUUUCUUAUUCUUUUUUUUUUCUUUUCUUUCUUUAUAAACGGUACAUACUAAUAGACUGUAGGAUGGAGGCAUCGUGCGCAGUCUCGUCGGCCUCAACGCCUUCAAACACACAUAUGGCUACAAUUACAAUGGCGAAUAUAUCAUCGCCG